CUAAUGGUAAAAGAUGUUAUAUUUCCUGUGCGCAGAAGAUUUGCCCCCAGAGGCGUGCCUUGUGUCUAGCAGAGCACUUGUACUUUACCAAUGUGGACUCUCUUCAUAUCUUUGUUGCUUUCUUUGGCCACUCAGGCAGCAAGCCAAGGCUCGACAUUCUAUGUAUCCUAUGACAGUAGACUAAUUGAAAUAGCUGUUUCCAACAGUUCAGUCAGAGCUGGUGAACUUCUUCCUCGAGGUUACACAGACGCAAGGAUUGGAACGGUUAUUGGUGUUGGAUGCGACUUGGAACAGAAGCUAGUGUGUUGGUCUGAUAUCGUGACAAAGACCAUCAGGUGUGCUCAGUUGAAUAAGACUAUUGCUGAUGGCAACAAGGGGCUGGAUGUUUACACAGUUCUUACAAAUCUUAACAUGCCAGAAGGCAUUGCUCUAGAUCUUUGCAGUGAGGCUCUCUAUUGGACUGAUGCAAAUGAUCGUAUGGUGUGGAUAGCUCGUAUUUCAUGGAACAAGCAUAAACAUCUAGAGGCACUCUAUCAAAAACCGAUCAUCACAGAUCUGGACAAACCAAGAGGAAUCGCUGUAGACUCGUGUGCAGAAUUUGUUUUCUUUACUGACUGGAGUGACACCGAUCCUUAUAUUGCACGUUCGUCACUUGAUGGCAGAACUGUUGAGCGUCUGCUUUCAAGUCCCACUGUUGUAAUGCCCAAUGCUAUCACUUUAGAUCGUCAGUCUCGUUUGGUGUACUUUGGCGACACUGGUAGCCAGAAAAUCUACUCAGUGGGAUACGAUGGUACUGGCUUGAAGCUUGUAGCCAAUGUGCUCAAGGUCUUUGAUUUGGCAUUGAGCUGCUCAAGGGAGCAUCUCGUGUAUACUGACUGGACAGUUACCCAUCCAAGGAGGGUUUCUCUUAAGACUGGUAGUAUCGAUGACAUUCCUGUGUCGGGUAACACGAAGUUCCUUUUUGGUGUCUGCUCCUUUUGUGGAAACUGCUCAUGUCAUAAAAACCCCUGCAAGUAUGUAAACGGCCUCUGCAGUCACUUCUGCUUUCCUUCAUCGAAUUCCACCCACUCUAGGACCUGCGCAUGCCCCGUCGGUUACGACCUACACUUCGAAACUACAUGCAAUGAUGGUACCGAUCACCUCGUCACAUCUUACCCUCGUUCAUUCUUGGUAAAUUCCUGGCCUAGUUCAUCGGAUACAAGUAGUAGUGACAACGAAUCCGGAAAACCCUUGUCUAUCAACGCUCCUAAUGUUGUAGUAUCCAUGGACUCGACUGUUUAUAAAGCAUACAGAUAUAUUGUCUAUGCUUCAUCCACAACUCGUGCUGUGGAAAGAAUCACGUUUGACGGUCGCUUUCAUCUGACGCUCGCGUCAGGUUUGCCGCAUCCUCACGGAGUGGCCGUCGAUCAGCGCACCUCGAACGUCUACUAUUCCGACUCUCGGCUCGGGAUUAUUGAUUUGGUCGAUUUUGACGGGCGAUAUCGUGUACGGUGUGUGUCCGGAUUGCAACGCGCCGGUGGUUUAGUCUUCGAUCACCAGACAGGGUAUUUGUACUAUACGGACUAUGGAGCGCGACCGAGUAUUGGACGUGUGGGUGGUAAUUGUGCAAACGCUAGUGUUGUUAUUCGAUCCGGUCUUGGCUCGCCUGUGCAUCUGACAUUGGACGAGACGAGGAGAGUUCUCUAUUGGACCGAUCCGAGACAACGGCGCAUAUCUAGUUACAACAUCCAAACUGAGCAGACUUCGGCGUUUCUUCCGGGAAUAUCAAUGGGGUUUCCGUUUGGUAUAUUUUUCAAGAACGACGUUCUUGUCUGGACAGACUGGACGACCAAAUGUGCACAUUACUCUUCCGUACCGUCGCUCAAUAAAACAGAGAAACUCAUUUGUAGACCUAACAGCACAAAUACACCCGCCGACGUGACUUCCAUGCAUCCUCCCGUGCGACCGUCAUCAGAUUUCGGACGUUGUGCUUGUAAGCCGCCAAAGUUCUGUCUGACUUCACCAACUGGGUUUGUUUGCCGGUGCCCAUCCGGCUACCAAGCUGACGGAGACAAAUGUAAACUUCCUGGUCCGUUUGUUGUUUUUGCAACGUCUACUUCAUUGAAAUCCAUGUCGGUCAAAGGCAGCUCCGAUUGGAUCGCUUCUAUUCCUCUUUCUCCUCAGAAAAGAGCAAUGGCGGUCGAGUACGACUAUCGAGACGAAACAGUGUUUUGGAGCGACGUCAAUCUGCCUGCCAGCAUACAGAGCGUUCGUUUCGACGGUUCGGAGAGUCGCACUUUGGUGAAGCACGAUGCGACGCGCGACGUGUGUCAGUUGUGCGCGCCCGCCGGUCUCGCAUAUGACUGGAUAUGCAGGCGUUUGUACUGGACCGACGAGUGCACCGGAGAGAUCUGCUACGUCUCGCUGAAUAGCGCAGACGACGCAAUCACGCAGCUCGUCGACGGCCUGGACAAGCCGAGAGGGAUUACUGUCGACCCAAAAAACGGUGUGAUAUACUUUACGGACUGGGGCUCGAAUCCUCGUCUGGCUAAAGUCGACCUCUCAACUUGCACGAUAGAACAACCGAAUGCCGUCACGCUUUACAACUCACUCAUGCAGUGGCCGAAUGCGGUUGCUCUUCGUACGAGUCAAUUUGCCGAAGCUCUGUUAUACGGGAACGUCGGCAAACCUAGUUACAUCGGCACUUACAUACCUGCGACCGAUACCGCACACCGGUUGUUCACAAUCAGGCAUUUGUUCGGUUUGGAUUUCUGUAAUCAAACGCUGUAUUGGACCGAUUGGGCUACUAAUCAAGUGUUUGCCUCUAACGUUGAUCUACCGAAUGCGACAGCGCUGACGGCAAUGCGUGGUAAUGGCAUCAAAGCAAUUUGCUUGGCGAAUCAAGCGGCAGCGGGUAUGCGUAAUAUUGAUGUGUCUGUUAAGCCAAAUGCGGAGAUAGACGAAGGUCGAAGGCUCGACAUUGAAUGCAGAACCUCUUUGGAUCUUGCGCCCAAAUUGCUGGUUCUGAUUAAGGACGGCGACCGGAUAAAGGAAGCGGUGGACGCGCCGAUUCUAAGGCAUGUUAUCAAGAAAGCGAACACGUCGCAUUCCGGUCAGUACGUUUGUCGUGCGUCGUCGCACUGCUGCAGUAACGAGAAGGCCGUAACAGUGACCGUCAACGCUGUUGUGCCUCCUACACUUCCAAGCUGUAAAUGUAAGAAGAGUGUGGAUAUCAAGGCUCGUUCUGUUUGCCCUAAGAAGUAUCAGUACGCGUUUAAAGGUGUACUCGAGUCUGAAGAAGUUCUAGCAGUAGAGAACAAAGUCUGGCGAGUGUGUUACGUGCUGAACAUCAGAGCAAUCUACAAAGACACGAAAGGCCGUUACCUACGGAACAAGCUCAAGAGUGAUGAAUCAGUAAGAAUCUGUAAACCAGCAACGCAAUGCUGCCCUCUUGUAAAGGCAGACGAAGGCGAAAGCGUGGUGAUAGUGAGUCACGCGAAAGGAAACAAACUCGAACUGAGAGAGAACGCCAUAGUUGUAGGAUUAGACAAGGACAAGGCGAUUAAGCGAGUUCUGAGCAAAUGUGAUUGAUUGAACGAGGAUCACUUAUCUAGCCGACUUGUGUUGUACACUGUUAUGCAGCAUAAACUCUCUUUGAUCCA